AUAAAAUGUCACUCCCAAGAUCACCUAUUUUGCAAAAGAAAAUACGUCUAAAACCACAUUUGAAGUCAAAUCAUGCUGAUGGGCAGAAACACAACCCGUCAGCAUUCUUAAGUAAUGCUAAAAGGAUGCUCAACUUGACAACUGAGACACCAGGGCCAGGCCAUUACAUGAAGGAUACUUUAGAUUCCUCAAUGGUCCUGCCUUAUUCUAACCACACUGGAGUUUCUGGCCUUGGCCAGAAACUCCAGUGUGGGAUAAGAAAAAGAUUUGAGUCAUUUACAAAUGCAGAAUUGAGAAAUAGAUACCAGGCUCCUCCUGGUGGUAUUUUCUCUACUCAAACUCGAUCAAAAAAGGAUCUUUCAAGGUCUUUCCUUGCUUAUUCUGACACCCCAGGUCCUGGAGAAUAUGAAACCAAUAAAUCAUCAUUUCAGAAAAAGAUUAAAAGAAAAAUAGCCAAAAGAAAGAUGGCUAUUUAUAAUAUAGACUCAGGGAAAUGGUUAAGAGAGCCAAGAUUCAAAUAAGCAAGAUGAUGAGAGGAUUAAUUCUGGUUCAGGAGUUGUAUCACUUCCAGUCUCCCAAAGAGAGAUUCCGACUACCAAGAUUAGCCAAGAUUUACAAAUUAUCAUCACUAAAGGAAGAGUUGUGAAAGUUAUUGAGAAAGAAGAAAACUCAGUGGGGCCAGGGUCAUACAACACUGAUAUUUCUUACACAAGGAAGAGCUCUAAAAGUAUUGUUCCAUGGUCAAAGCCUAAGGCUGGAAGAGAGAAUACCCUCUCCAGAUCUACAGAAAUAGGGCCAGGAAGCUAUAACAUCGAUCAAAGUAACAGAAUGGUCCUAAAAAGAAGCAGUAAUACCAUAUUCCCAAGAGUUGGUAGAUAUCGCUCGUAAUGAGCUAUCUUCUUUGACCUCAUAAGUAAGAGCCCUACCUGGAAAGCCUUAUCUUAGAUUCGAGUAAAAACUUUAACAAAGUUAUCAGAGUUCUAACCUUAUUAUUUUAUCCUUUAAUCAUGACAGAAUUGACUGUCAGAAGGUAUAUUCAAAGGCUAGAAUAUUGAGGUCUGCUAAAAGCUGUGUAUUGUUUUAACCAGAGUGCCAAAUAUCUAUAAAUUUAAGCAAAAU